AUGGCUUCCGUUCCGAGCUACUCCGCCACUGGGAGGACGAGAUUGUCCGAUGGUGCCACAACCUCCAGCGCCGACGCGGACAUAUCACCUGAGGGUACGACAGCCCAGGCGGGAAUCUCGGAUGAUGGGGAGACCGAGACCGUCAUCUUGAACCAAGACACACCCACCACAUCUGCGGAGACUGUACCGGAUAUCGCCGACAAGACCCUCAUCAAGCCCUCAAAUAAUACCGGUACCUCCAACAACCAGGAAGAGCCUCGAAAAUGUUGGAUCUGCUACACAGACGAGACCGAGGACUCGCCGCUGAACCUAGAGUGGCGAUCUCCCUGUCCGUGCGCAUUGACUGCCCAUGAGGCAUGUCUACUCGACUGGCUUGCAGAUAUGGAGAACCCUAGGUCCCGCAAGCGGAAUGGCAGCGGUGCAAAGAUGGUUUGCCCGCAAUGCAAGUCGGAGAUUGUCGUUACCCGCCCGCGAAGCUACAUCGUCGAUACCCUGCGCCUGAUGGAGAGGAUCGCGGGACGGUUGGUUCUUCCAGGCAUGGUAUUCACCGUUGCCGGUACUGUGUGGGCCGGAUGUUGCGCUCACGGCAUAUACUCAAUGUAUCUUGUGUUUGGCACGGAGGAGGCAAAACAGAUUCUUGAAGAUAGUGUCGACGGCCCGUGGAAUCCCGGCAUGAACCUCGGCCUACCCCUCAUCCCCCUGGUUUUGAUAUUCUCUCGCACUCGUUACGCCGAAGGCCUACUCCCAGCGAUUCCCGUCCUAUUCUUUGCUGCGCACAGCCCGGGACAAGAGCCCGACUUUGAUCUGUGGCCACCUACCCCAGCUAUGACUUUCGCCGCUCUACCAUACGUCAAGAGCUUUUACGGCGCCCUCUACGACCGUCUAUUUGGCGGGCUGGAGAAAAAAUGGAUCGCUGAGGUGCAGCCUCGCGCAGCGGAGGAGAUCAUGGAUGAAGUCCAGCAGCAGGACCAGGCUGAGGGACUUAAUCGUUUCGGCGAGAAUAUGAAUGGCCAAAUACUUAUGGAAAUUGAUCUUGAGUUGCAGGUAGGAAUGGACGAUGACGACGAGCCGCCCGAGGGUCAAGCUCUCCCAGCAGAAGAGAACCAAAAUGGCGCUGACCAAGGCGCCCAGAACGGCCAAGCACAGGGACAAAAUGCAGGCCAAAACAACGGGCUAGGUCUCGGGCGUCGACAAAAUGAGCUCAUCGCCGACACCGGUAACCUCGCUGACGCUGUUCUCGGAGCACUCGUCUUCCCCGCUAUCUCGGCGUCCAUGGGCGGGCUUCUGAAGUAUAUUCUACCCAAGUCUUGGACAACGCCAUCAUCAGUCCUCGAACGAAGUCGGCCAGGGCUCCUCCAGACUCGCUGGGGUCGUAGCGUGGUUGGCGGCUGCAUGUUUGUGUUGCUUAAGGAUGCCCUUGUCCUUUACUGCCGAUGGAAACUCGCACAGACACACAGGCGACGCAAGGUGCAAAAUUACGACCGGACCAAAAAGUCCAAUGGGAGGAAGAGAUAG